AAACCCCCCAAUUUCUUAAUUUUCCCUAAAUUAAAUGAUUUAAAUCUACUCUGUAUUUACUCGUGGCUCACAAUUUUCCUCCUAUCAAAAAAUAAAAAAACAAAACCAGACAACCCGUUUGCAUUUCUCUCUCUCUUCUCUCUCUCUCUGCUUUCCUCUUCCUUCCCCACUCUCUUCUCCAUUGGAGCUGCUCCUCGUUGAUUAGCAGGCUGCAGCGGUUAAUUUCCUUUCCCGCACAACCUUGCUGAGCUUGCGGACGCCGUGGUGGAGGCUCCGAUUGACUAUUUAUGGGUAUGCCUUCAUGCACGAUCAGAUAGAGAUCGGAGCUUUUGAACUGUCACCGCGCCAUGGAUAUCUCGGAAGGUUAAGGCAACAUGCGGUUCGUUUUGGUGAGGUUUCUGCAUAAGGAGUUACCUACUACUUGUUUUACUGUACUUCAUUGUUUCGGAUUCGGAGAUGCGGUUUCCUUUCCUUGCUCUCUUUCGCUAUCUGUGUUUCCGCUUCUAAUCCUGCUUUUUUUCUGACUACCGGCUUAUCUUCCCACUGUUAAAUCCAGCCAAAUACAAAUGAGAGCUUUGGUCAUUAUAAUUAGUUUUGUGUUUAUUUCCAAUCCUCAGAUAUAUAAUCUAUAAGAGACGUACUGCUUAUGAAGAGUUGAUGAUUGGAAACAGAGGCAGAUUUCGUUGAGUAUUUUUGGUACAAGUUUUUCUGUUACAAGUUCUUCUCUUUUGCAGUACUAGUGUUACUUUAUCAAAACCUGUACAAUAACACCAUCACCAGAACGGUCAAGUUGUUUGGCACUGUUGCUGGAAGUGAUGAACGAAAUCACCCUCUUUAUAUGAAGCCUAUCUUGGUUUUUUUGUUUAGAUGGACCCUUAUUCAUCUGGAGAGGACCAUGUCAUUAAGAUAAGGAAGCCUUAUACGAUUACUAAGCAGCGGGAGCGAUGGACUGAAGAGGAGCACAAUAGGUUUCUAGAAGCUCUCAAGCUCUAUGGCCGUGCUUGGCAACGAAUAGAAGAACAUAUAGGAACCAAGACUGCUGUGCAGAUAAGAAGUCAUGCACAGAAGUUUUUCACAAAGUUGGAAAAGGAGGCCACUGUUAAAGGAGUUCCAUUAGGGCAAUCUCUUGACAUCGAAAUCCCUCCACCACGGCCUAAAAGAAAGCCAAACAAUCCUUAUCCUCGAAAGACCAGUGCGGGAACUUCUGCUUCCCAGGUGGGAGUGAAGGAUGGGAAAAUAUCAAAUCCAGUUUCUUCCUCAUGUCAGAGUAAAGUGACAGUGGACACUGAGAAACCUUCCGACGAUGAGAAAGUCGGAAACAGUAAAGAAUACCAUGACAAGGAUAAUUGCUUUGAGGCUUUCACUCUCAAGACAGCUCCCUGUGAAUUUCCAUCCUCAGCAAACAAAAUCGCCUCUGUAUCUGAUGCUCCUAAAAAAUCCUGUACUUUUAGGCAAUAUAUCCCACUCUCGGGAGAAGCAAUGGAUCAGGAUGAAACCGCUGCAUCCCAGGUCACUACAGAAACCAAAGGAUUGCAGAUGGAGAAGUCUGAUAAUGAACAGUAUUUUCAGGAUAAGCUCGCUUUCAAGAUGUCAAAUGUUGUUGACACAUACCUUUCACGAGAGAAAUCUGUGCAUACUAAAAAUAUCGAUGAGCUGAAGCAGUCUGAAAAUGAUGAUACAGUGGGAACUGCUGAUGUGUCGGCGGCACAAAAUUAUCCUCGCCAUGUCCCUGUGCACAUUCUUGAUGGGAGCUUAGGAAUGAAGGCAUUUGGUAUCUCCCAGGAUAUGCCACAUGCCGAUUCUGCAUUUCAUCAGAUGGGUGGAGUCCCUGCUCCUCAAAAUCAUUUCAUGAAUCCAGCUGCUUCUGGUACCUCUGAACAUUAUGAUAAUGCAACAAAAUCUUCUGUUCACCAGUCAUUUCCCAGUUAUCAUCCCGUCUUCGCUCCCAUCCAAAGCCAAGAUGAUUACCAGUCGUUUCUGCAUGUAGCAACCACGUUUUCCAGUCUUAUUGUAUCCGCCCUGUCGCAAAAUCCUUUAGCCUAUGCUGCAGCUAGCUAUGCGGCAACAUCGUGGCCUUCUGUGAACGUGGAAGCUUCAGUUAAACCAUCUACAGCCUCAGCCGGGGCAUUUCAAACAAGGCCGGUAAGUGCAACUCCUAGUUUGGCUGCAAUUGCUGCAGCUACCACAGCAGCUGCAACUGCAUGGUGGGCAGCUCAUGGCCUACUUCCUUUAUGUGCUCCGUAUCAUCCUGGCUUUACCUCGUCUCCUGCAUCAGCAUCUGCAGCUCCAAUGGCUUGCAGCCAAGAUCGAGCUGUAAACAGUGAAAGAAGAGCGAGCAGUCCUGAUCCUGCCUUAGUAGGUCAACAACUGGAACCAGAAUGCUCUCGGGCUCUGCACGAGAAGCAAGCAGUUUCAAAGUCGCCAACAUUAUCAUCAUCAGAUUCUGAAGAAAGUGAAGGUGUGAAACUGAAUGUUGCGUUAGACGCUUCUGGAACAGGGAAAGUUGAGCCUACGGCUGAGCUGCAUGAUGCAGCAGCAGACAAGUCCAAGAACAAAAAGCCAGCGGACCGUUCUUCAUGUGGAUCAAACACACCUUCCAGCAGCGAGGUAGAAGCUGAUGCUACGGAAAAGCAUGAAGAGGGGGAAGAGGAUAAACAUAUACAAGAGAAAGAGGAGCUCGAAGAAAUUGAUGCAGCAAUGCAUCCUUUCGGUGAUCCAUUUAAUCGACGUUGUAGAAGCACAAGUAAUGUCGGAGACUCUUGGAAGGAAGUAUCAGAUGAGGGCCGACUGGCAUUUCGAAAACUCUUCUCCAGACAAGUAUUGCCCCAGAGCUUUUCGCCUCCACACACGAACAAGGGCAACGUAAACUGCAUCAAGGAAAGUGGGAUAGCUGAAAAGGGACUACAGUUAGACCUCAAUGGGAUGGCAUGGGGUUCCUUCCCCCAGAAAAAAGGCGUGGAAGGCGGCACAGCACCUCCGAUUGGCGAGAACAAGGAGGAAGAAGCACCGGUGUACACUGGACUGGGACACGGCAAGCUGAAAGCGCGCCGGACUGGAUUCAAACCUUACAAGAGAUGUUCGGUGGAGGCGAAAGAGUGCGGCGUGUCGGGAAACUGCCACGAUGAGGAGAAAUGCCCCAAGAGAUUGCGCGUGGAAGGGGAGGCUUCGACUUGAUUAUAAGUAUACCCCAAUGUAAAGCUGCGCCCUCUCUCUUUGGUAUUGCAUUUUUCACUUCAAUUCUCUAUAAUUAUGUGUCUGAGUUUAAUGUAUUGAUUGGAAGAACCACGGGUACUUUAAUUUGGUGUAGUUGUUGUUGUGUGUACUAUUACUACUGUCUACUAGGAGACCAAGCAACUGUAAUUCUAAUAACUUCCUUGGAUGGACAUAUAUAAUCGCCAGUCGAUAAGGGUAACUCUCUUCCUCUAA